AUGUUCCUUCACCAGCAGAAGCAGACUUGGGAGCAGCUCAGCCGGGAGCUCGAGGCCAAGGAAGAUAGGGUCGCUGCGAUCGUCAAGGAGGCCUUUCGCAACCUCACCACCAGGGCGAAGGAAGACCAGGCGCGGGACCAAGGCUGCCGAGAAGGCAGUCGCCGCAGCCCUGGCUCAAGCGGAGGGCAUUUAGGGUUCUUGGUUUUGUUCUUGCUUCUCUUCUUGGAUCCAGAGUAUCUGGAGCGGCAGCCGAUGGUCCAGCCACACAAAGCCAUUGCCAGUGCCAGCCCCAUGUCUCACGUCCCUGUCGUGCCCAGGACACACCGGCACGACGACAAGAAAGGGUGGCAGCAGGAGGAGGAGCAGCAGCGAAAGGCUGUCGUUGUCGGAAACGCCGGUGGCUUCGUCAGCCCGGCUGGCUCGUCCCGCUACUUGCUGACCGGCCGCUUCGCCGCCACCGAGGAGAUCCAGGAGGUGGAGUCUGCCCCGGCCGUCGACAGCAAGCCCAAGCGGGAGGAAGCAGGUGAAGCUGCUGAUGCGAAGAGCGCGCAGGCGCAAGAGCAGGUGGUUGUGCUCAAGGUAUCCAUGCACUGCAAAGCAUGCGCCAGGAAAGUCAAGAAGCACCUCUCCAAGAUGGAAGGUGUAACGUCGUUCAACAUCGACUUCUGUUUAAGGGAGGAUGAUAAUUUUACAUUUUACUGCAAGUUGCCAAAACUACACUCAUUUUUGUAG